AUGGUCAUUGUCCCCAUGUCUACCACUCUCUCCACUGUCCCUACCCCUUUUGCCAUUACCAGUCACCCAGCCAGCCAGUCAAGUACAGUCCCUGCCAAGACCCUCACCUCAAGUGCUCCCAGUUCAACCCUCCCAAACACUGGGACUCCCACUGCCACCUCCACUGCCCGACCUACUCUGACCCCAUGCUCCAUCCACCAGUCUGCCACCACUCACCCUGCUGUCACCCUCCUCACCACCAUCCUGGCUGUGGUCAGCUCCAAUGCCACCUCUUCUAGCUCUGUCCCAGUCCCUGUUGUCACCCCUGAAGUCACCACCAGCACUAGUGUUGGUACUAACCCGGCUGUGACAGCCACCAACUCCCCUCCCUACAAGCCCACCUCCAUUCCCAACUCCACCAUCUCUACCCAAAACAACAUUGUCUCCUCCACGACCAAGACCACAACUCUGCCUUGCAAGACCAGUGCCCCUCCAGAAUUUCCCAGUCCCUCUUCCACCACCACCAGCAGUGAGACCACUAAACCAACACCUGGAGGUGUGCCAGAGCCACCACAACCAACAUCCAAUGGAUACAUCAACCUGCAACCUGAGGCUGGAUCAGGAUCCAGACUCUCCUCCUGCCUCAUGCACGUGCUGGCUGCUGCCGUGGGGAGCUCACUGCUGCAAGGGCUGCUCUGA